AGCUCUACUACAGUCUGCUUUGUUAACCGGCAGUCGAAACGUGUGUAUAUGUGUGUGGUAUUUUACAAGGCGUUCACACGAAUCUAAGACGUUCGUUUGUGGAUAGUUAACUUUUAAUUGCAAGUAUUUGUUUAUUUGGACAUUACUAGAGCAUUGUUUAUGUCCAUUGCACGUGUGUUAUGAUACAUAUUGAGUACGGAUACUUUUAAUUGGCCAAAACAUUUCUAUUGUGCUAUUUUAGGGGAUGUAAAAAUUGUAUAAGGAGUUAUUUUCAUAGAAAGAUCGAUGAGUUGAUGUAAGGAAUAUUCGUCCACCGUAUCGGGGAUGUGACCGUUUAUUUUCUCAGGAAUUUAAGUUCUUUUAUGGUGUGUGAAUGUUCUAUGGUUUGUCUAUUUAUACCUGAAGUUUCAAGGAAUUUUAAGGUGACUUAAAACCUCGCACACAACUCAAGAUGUAUCCCAACAGGCACCCGGCUCCACAUCAGCCAAGCCAGCCUUUUAAGUUCACGGUGGCAGAGUCAUGCGAUCGAAUCAAAGAAGAAUUCAGUUUUCUACAAGCACAAUAUCACACUUUAAAAAUGGAGUGUGAAAAAUUAGCCCAAGAGAAAACAGAAAUGCAAAGACACUAUGUCAUGUACUAUGAAAUGUCCUAUGGUCUCAAUGUUGAAAUGCACAAACAGACUGAAAUUGCCAAACGAUUGAAUGCAAUAUGUGCUCAAGUCAUUCCAUUUCUCUCUCAGGAGCAUCAACAGCAGGUUGCAGCUGCAGUCGAGCGUGCGAAACAAGUCACCAUGACAGAACUCAACCAGAUAAUUGGGCAACAGAUGCAGGCAGGCCAACAUCUAGCAGGUCAUGGCCAUGGAGCACCUCCUUUCCCAAUGCCACCUCACCCCCCAGGGCUACAACCCCCACUCCCAGUCUCCAGUGCUGCUAGUCUUUUGGCCCUACAGGGCAGUGGUCUUGGACCCUCACAUCUCCUCCAAAAAGAGGACAAAGAGGACAAACACAACAGAUCUUCUGCCUCUCCCAGUGAAAGGGAAAGAGAAAGGGAGAAGUUUGAACAUAAAUUUAGUGAAAAGUAUAGCAGUCGAAGUAGGACCCCAGAGGUGAACGAAUCCAAAAAGAGGAGAGUCGAGGAGAAGGAAAGGGACAGUGAAGGUGAAAAGUCUGAUCAGGAGCUGGUGGUUGAUGUGGGAGAGGACAGUGCACCUAUGAAUGGGGAUCUUUCUCCCAGGGAAAAGGCAAAAGAUUUAGCCAGCAAGAAGUCGUCAGAUGAUCGGAUCAGUCCCAGGAGUGAUGCUUCAUCACAUGGCAGUUCAACAUCUACAAAACAUAGAGAUUCAAUUCCUAAUGAAAAGGCUUCUACCCCUGUGUCAAAGCCAGCAACCCCCACAAGUUCAGGGAACACCACCCCGGGGCCAUCAAGUGGAAGUGGUGGGGCCAUCAAGCCAGGUGUGAAGUACCCCCUGGCAGGAACAUAUCCUCCUUUUCUGCCCCCAAAUCAUGGCAUGCCUGCUGAUAUUUCAACAAAUUACAGCAAUGGAAUUGGGGCCCUUCACAACAAUAUAUCACCUAACAACAUUACCUUUAACCACCGAAAUCUAUUCCAAGGUGAUCCCCAUGGCAACCCCGCCCAUGCAGCUCAUAUACGACCAGCCCUGGGAAACUCGGCAGGAGGAAAGCCUGCCUACUCGUUCCAUGUGAGUGCUGAUGGACAGAUGCAGCCCGUGCCAUUUCCACCGGAUGCUCUGAUUGGACCUGGAAUUCCUCGCCAUGCCCGACAAAUAAACACACUAAACCAUGGGGAAGUUGUAUGUGCUGUUACCAUAAGUAAUCCAACAAGACAUGUCUAUACUGGGGGAAAGGGUUGUGUAAAAGUUUGGGACAUCAGUCAGCCUGGAAACAAGAGCCCUAUUUCUCAGUUGGACUGUCUGCAAAGAGAUAACUACAUCAGAUCAAUCAAGUUACUCCAGGAUGGGAGGACCCUAAUUGUGGGAGGAGAAGCAAGCACCCUGUCUAUAUGGGAUUUAGCUGCUCCCACUCCACGCAUAAAGGCAGAGCUUACUUCAAGUGCUCCAGCAUGCUAUGCUCUAGCGAUCAGCCCCGAUUCCAAAGUUUGCUUCAGCUGUUGUAGUGAUGGUAAUAUUGCGGUUUGGGACCUUCACAACCAGACAUUGGUGCGACAGUUCCAAGGACAUACAGACGGUGCCAGUUGUAUCGACAUCUCUCCUGAUGGCACUAAAUUAUGGACUGGUGGGCUGGACAAUACAGUCCGUUCAUGGGAUCUCAGAGAGGGAAGACAGUUAAAGCAACAUGACUUCAGUUCUCAGAUCUUCUCCCUUGGCUACUGUCCAACUGGCGAAUGGCUAGCUGUAGGAAUGGAGAGCAGCAAUGUGGAGGUCCUCCACUGCAGUAAGCCAGACAAGUAUCAGCUCCACCUCCAUGAAAGCUGUGUGCUGUCCCUCAAGUUUGCCUACUGUGGCAAGUGGUUUGUCAGCACAGGCAAGGACAACCUCCUCAAUGCCUGGAGGACUCCUUAUGGGGCCAGCAUAUUCCAGUCCAAAGAGUCCUCUUCAGUGUUAAGCUGUGACAUUUCCACUGAUGAUAAAUACAUAGUCACUGGCUCCGGCGACAAGAAGGCCACAUUGUACGAAGUCAUCUUUUAAUCCAGAAGUCUAGCGGGGUAAAAAACUGUUUACGUUCUUUGUUUUCCCUUGAAGAACUAAUCCAUUGUCUACUACAGACCUAUUAGAAUGGCAGAACAAUGUGAAAAAUGGCAAAAUCAUGUAGGGAUCUUAAGAAAUCCAGAAAAAAUAUGCAGAGCAAUCAUACUAUAUGAUGUGUAUUUAUCUUCCGAAUGAUUUGGAAAUGACUGCUGCAAAAAUAAGCUGCCAUCUUGGUUUAUGCUUGAGUAGGAUAGAUUACCAUGUCAAAUGAAAUGGAUAUUUGGUGCAUAAUUAUAAUUAUCAAAGAGUUGGAUGAGAGAAGAAGAGCAUAAUGAGUUCCUGCUGGUAGGGAUAGGAGAGCUUGUUUAAUUAAGCCAACCUGGGGUUGUGUGUACCAGACAUUUGCAGAUAGUGAAAAAAAAACUUGGGAAUUGUUGUUAAGACAAAAGCUAUAGAGUUUUCUCCAUGAGAAUUUCUGGCAUUUAUUGCGUAGCGACCAAAGUGUGGUUUGAAAUGUGCAGGAGGAAAAUUGCUUGUGACACGAAGUCAAGAGAAAGGAUUUACUGUUAGCUUAUUCGUUGGAUGUGUCGGACAGAUGCUUGUAAUUAUCUGAAUUGCACAGAUAAAAUAUACAAGUAAAACAAACAUUUAUCUGAUGCAGAUCUCAGAAGGUAGUGCUAUUAUACAGUGAAGAGAGAGAUUUCUUGUGUAUACAGUAGCAAGGAGUGAAGAAAAUACAAUGGCUUGUACAAAUGUGAUUAGUUUUUUUUUUUUAAUUCUUGCCCCCCAUUCGUAGUAGUCCCUGUGAUUUUCUCUAAAUAAAAAAAGAAAAUGUGUGACAAAUUUAGUAUUUUUUGAAAAGUUUAUGUUAAUGCAUUUUUUCUUUUGAUUAUGAAAUACUCGUGAAUGUGUUGUUGUGAACAUGAACUAAUUCUAGUUGUAAAAUUGUCUGGUAUUAUGAAUAUUGGACAGACUGUGGCAGUUUAUGUCAGUGACAGCUUUUUCCAUUCUAGUGUAUGGCAAGUGUAAUGAUGUUUCCUUGUUGAAAAGGGAGAUAUGUCAAAACUAGUUGAUGUAAGCAUUUAACAUUUAAUAAAUCCAUGAUUGUGAAAGUGUCUUGAUGAUUUU